AAAAACGUAACAGAAUGGAUUGAAAAAUUCUCAAUUCUCUUGAAAUAUCCAAAAUGCUUUCAAUAUCUCACGAAGGAGAAGAUGAUAAAGUUGCAGAACUAUAGGAAUAUUUUAUUCUGUGAAACUUGUCAUAAAUUCUUCGAUCGUCCUUCACUUUUACAGCGACAUAUUCGGUCACAUACUGGAAUUCGUCCAUACAAAUGUGAAAGCUGUGAUAAAGCUUUCUCAACUUCAUCAUCUUUAAACACUCAUAAAAGGAUACAUACAGUAAUUACUGUGAAUGACACAAAAAGCUUUCAAGCCAUUUUUUUUUAAAUUUUCAAGGUGAAAAG